AUGUGGCUUUUUCGGCGGAAGAUAGAUUGCGCGCCUAAAGAUGUAGUGUUAUUCAUGAGCUCGGAAGAGCACUCUAAACCGCUUUCUGAAGACUGUUCAUGGAUGAGCACCCUAAAAGUUUUCGAAAAGCCAAUAGGUCCCAGAUUCCCUGAUGGCUCAAUUAAUUGGCAAUGUCCUUGCAUGGCAGGAGGAUCUUUGGUUGCUCAUAGAUGCGGUUAUUUAUUUCGUCCACUCUAUAUUUGCAUGUCCAAUAGUGAUAAAGAGGACAACACGAUGAAGUGUCCUGAGGAAUUCGUCGAAUGGGUGGCUUGCAUGCAGCGUUUGAGUGGUCAGUUUCCAAAAUUCCUGUUUUUGUUUCUCAAAGGGGUUCCUUCUACCGCUUUUUUAUAG